AUUAUCAGAGGGGCCUUCGGACAUCGUCGGCCAGAGCUCAGUUUCCUACCAAGAUCUCCUACCAUGGCCUCUCUUGCGUCGAAUCAGACCAUCUCUGUGGCCGUCAUAGGAGUGGGCCUUGUGGGCGCUGAAUUCGUCGAUCAGCUGUUGGCUUUACCGGCCCCUAAUCCGUUUCGCCUGGUUUCCCUCUCUUCGUCGAAAACAAGUCUGCUCUCGCAGAAUGGGCUCUCGUUCUCCUCCCAAGGAUGGAAGAGCGACCUGGCAAAGUCGGGGACACAGCCCGGCAGUUUCUCGGACCUGGCGAAGGAGCUGUCCAAGCUCGUAGGGCCCAACCAGAAAGUUGUGCUAGUGGAUAAUACGGCUUCUGAAGCCGUUGCAGAGUCAUACCCUGCCUUCCUGAAGGCGGGCGUGAAUGUCAUUACACCAAACAAGAAGGCGUUCUCUGGAGAGUUGUCGUUGUACGAUGACAUCCUGAGCGCAAGUGCGGCAAGCGGUGCGCGGUUCUUAAAUGAGGCUACGGUGGGGGCUGGCCUGCCCAUUAUCUCGACGUUGAAGGACCUGGUCACGACCGGGGACAAGAUCCUGAAGAUUGAGGGAGUCUUCUCAGGGACGAUGAGCUACAUCUUCAACGAGUUCUCCCCGGCUCAAGGAACAGGGCCCGCAUUCUCCUCCGUAGUACGCAUUGCGCGAGAGAAGGGAUAUACGGAACCGCACCCCGCAGACGACCUCAACGGUGCAGACGUGGCCCGCAAGCUGACCAUCCUCUCCCGCUACAUCCCCGCCCUGCGCACGUCCCUGCCAUCCGGGUACAAGUCCGUCAGUACGAGGUCCCUCGUCCCGGCGGAACUCGAGAGCACCGCGUCUGGCGACGAAUUCAUCGAGAAGCUGCCCGCCUUCGACGAGACAUUCGACAAGAUGCGCCAGGAAGCGCACCAGGAGGGAAACGUCCUGCGGUUCGUGGGCGUGGUGGACGUGAGUAGCGGUACGAUCAAGGCGGAUCUCGAGAAGUACCCAGUCACUCAUCCUUUCGCGACGUCCCUUGGGGGCUCAGACAAUAUCAUCAUGUUUCAUACGGAGCGGUACGGUGCUAGGCCACUCAUCGUCCAGGGCGCAGGGGCCGGUGCUGCUGUGACGGCUAUGGGAGUGCUGAGUGACCUCCUGAAACUUGUGUAAGAGCCCCAGGCUGGUGUAGAAGUAACCAAAAAUGCUCCUGUAUUUUGGAUAAAGUAAAAAAGUACAUCGUCUACAGUCGACUCUGUCUUAACC